GACGGCUGCAAUUGCUUUGUGGGGGAACACUUUUGAAAUCUCCCAGCUUGUCGCCUCAUGGCCAGUAUCCAAUGCUCAUACUACACCCCAUCCGACUGACCCCCCAUCGUACCCCUCGACGGACAUGGUCGGCAAAGUCAGCGAGAGGGUCCUCCUCCGGGAGGGCCUAGAAAGAACCGACAAUGGCAUGAAACAGUCGAGCUGGCCGGAUGUCACUCCCAUCAAUCAGAAGAAUUACUAUACUGAUUACAUGAAACGCGAUGAUCAGACUCUUGCCCUUCGACUUCAAGGCGAUGCUACUCGCGACCGGCUCGUGCAAACAGCAAAAGACCGUGAUCGCGCUCUCGCCCGCAGCGGCAACGCCGAAGUUCCCUUGAUCAUACCCGAGCUUCACGGCGAAGAUGGCCCGUCGGAGACCUCGGGCGGCACAGAUGCGUCCAAAAUCAUCGUCAUUCACCCUGGCAGCCAGAAUCUACGCAUCGGGUUUGCCAGCGACGCGCUGCCCAAGACGAUCCCCAUGGCGCUUGCCACGAAGUUCCCUCAGACGGAGUCGGAGAUGUACGAGGCCUUGCCGCGGCGCCAGUUCGAGGCCAAGACAACAGAGCAGCAAUAUGGCGAGGAGUGGUCCAAGAAGUACACAAAGGUGUGCAACGACCUAAAGACUGACAUGCGCCAGAACAAGCGCAAGGUGUUGCCCAACUCGAAGGAACUGGUGCUCAACUACAACCGCCGCUCGGAACCCGACGUCAUCCCUCAGCACAACGAUCCCCUGCAAAUCGAGUGGACCGAUAUCCAUACUCUCGAUGACCCCGAGUCGCCCGCAUCAUGCUUCAUUGGCAACCAAGCUCUGCGAGUGCCCGACGAUUCGCAGCCCAAGUUCAAGCUUUGGUGGCCCAUUCGCCACGGGUGGCUCAACGAGGACGAAUACACGACGGCUGAGCACCUUCACGACGACCUGGAAACGCUUCUCGAUAAGGCUAUCCGUCAAGAACUCGGCCUGACGAAAAGCAGCACCUGGCGACAAUAUAGCUGCGUCUUUGUCAUCCCCGAUCUGUAUGACAAGAAGUAUGUGGAGCAGGUGUUGAAGUCAUGCGCGAACUGGUUCGAGUUCAACAAGAUAUGUUUCAUACAAGAAAGCAUGGCGGCCACGUUCGGGGCAGGAUAUACGCAAGCAUGCGUUGUGGACGUGGGUGCGCAAAAGACGUCCGUCACGUGUGUCGAGGACGGGCUUUGUAUCGAGGAUUCACGCAUCAACCUGAAAUACGGCGGCUACGACGUGACGGAGGCGUUUAUCAAGAUGAUGCUCUACGACAAUUUCCCCUACCAAGAGAUCAACCUCCAACGCCGAUACGAUUUCCUCCUCGCCGAGGAGCUGAAGAUCAAACAUUGCACAAUGUCCCAGGCAGAUAUAUCGGUGCAGCUUUACCAAUUUCAUGUUCGGGCACCGAACAAGCCCACUCAUAAAUACCAGUUCAAGACAUACGACGAAGUCAUACUGGCUCCGAUGGGCUUUUUCGACCCGGACAUCUUCGAUAACAGCACGAAAAUCAGAGGGCGGCGGAAGCUGCUCGACCGCUCUUACAACGCGUACGAUGUCGACGUCCCCGAUGACCCUACCUCGGCCGCACAGUUCGCCAUCCUGGCGCUCGUGAACCCGUCCCUGAAUGCCGCGACAGCAGCAAAUGGUCCCUCUCAGUCUGGCCCCUCUCAGUCUGGCCCCUCUCAGUCCCUGGCCGACGUGUCUACUCCUGUGAAAGAGAAACUGCAGCCGUUCGAUAACCUGAAGCGAGGUGAAAGCGGGUUGAACGGCACACCUUCGGGGUCGAAGGCGCCGUCACCGGCCCCCGAAGGUGGCAGCACCCCCGUGCCUCCACCAUUCAUCUUUACUGCCGGCAAGGACGGCAUCGGCGGCGGUAGUCCUGCACCCAGCCUCAGUGCUCGUAACGGCGGCGGCGGUGGCACACCUGCACCGUCAGCCUCCCAACCUCCCCCCCCCGGCAUUUCCGUCGAGGCGGAGGUGAAGAGCGCCAAGGCGGUUGCGAUGGAGCGGGACGGCGUGCUCCCCAUCGCGCCGCUGGACCUGGCGAUCCUCACGAGCAUCCACAACGCCGCUAGGGGCGACGAUAAGAAGCUUCGCGACUACCUCGGCAGCAUCAUGGUCAUCGGGGGCGGGGCGAAGGUCCCGCAAUUCACGGCGGUGCUGGAGGAGAAGCUGAAGGCCCGGCGGCCGGAUCUGUUGGAAAGGAUCCUGGUGAGCAGGAGCGCCAGGGAUAUGGACGAGCAGGUGGUGGUGUGGAAGGGGGCCAGCGUGUUUGCGAAGCUUCCGACGAAUGAUUCGUGGAUCACGCCGUUUGAGUUUGAGAGGCUGGGGUCACGGGUUCUGCAUCACAAGGUGCUCUGGGCGUGCAGCAUCUCGUUCGUCAUCACCGACCUGAUCGGCGUCAAGAAGGGCGUCGGCGACAUCGUCGGUACCCUCGGCUUCGCGGAUGAAGUCGUCGCCCUCGUCGCCUGCCCUGUCUGGGGUCUCGCUUCCGACCGUCUCGGAGUCCGCUGGGUGGCUGUCAUGGGAUACGCCAUCAUUGGCCUCUCCCUGUUUCUCUUCGUCCAGGCGCGGAAUGUCUAUCCUCAGCUUCUCCUGGCGCGCAUCUUCUUCGCCUUUGGGUCUUCCGCGGCGACAACAAUGGUGACCGCCAUCCUCCCCCCUCUGACCGACGACAGCGACGCCUCCACCACCGAUGUCGUCUCCCCCGUUAGUAAACCGGCUCAUAAUCCGAGGCUUAGCGUGGCCAUGUCGCUCGAGUCCGACAUGACCAUCACCCCGGAGCGCUACAGAAGCGGCAUCUCGGACGACGGCGCGCUUCUGGACCCGGCAGGCGGGGUGGACGGAGAGAAACCCCCUUCGGCGAAGCCGUCGGCGCUGGCGGGCUACGUCGGAUUGUUCACGGGAUCCGGCGCGCUGGUCGCGCUCUCCGUGUUCCUCCCGCUCCCCGCCCGGUUUGGCGACAUGGACGGGGUGACGCCCGCCGAGGCCAUCACCGACAGCUUUUACGUCGUGGGCGCGGUUUCUCUGGCCGUGGCUGUCUUCGUCUUCUUGGGCUUGCGUGGUCUGAAGGGCGAGGAUGGCAAGGGCUGGAGCCUGCUACUAGGACGCAAGGACCGGGACGGCGAGUUGUCCGGUCAGAGUCAACUGAGACGCUUCUCGGGGGCCCCGGAUAAACAGGUGGUGGUACCGUAUCUGCGUCUCCUGCGGGACUCCGUCACACUGGGUUUCACCGAUGCCAACAUCGCCCUGGGCUACCUUGGAGGCUUCGUCGCCCGCGCCUCUACCGUUGCCAUCUCCCUCUUCGUGCCCCUUUUCAUCAACACAUACUUCAUCAAGAACGGGUUCUGCCGGGGAUCUCCUCACGACCCUUCCCCCGAGCUCAAGAAGGAGUGCAGGGCCGCCUACCUUCUCGCGUCCAUCCUGACCGGCGUGGCGCAGUUGGUCGGUCUCCUCUGCGCCCCCGCAUUCGGCUACCUCUCCAGGCGCCAGGGCGCCGUCAACCUUCCCAUCGUCGUCUCCACCCUCUCCGGCAUUGUGGCCUACAUCAUCUUCCCGCAGCUGGCCAGCCCGGAGUACAAGGACGUGGACGGCCGCGGCGGGCAUCCGGUCGUCUUCCUGGUUGUGGCGCUGCUCGGCCUCAGCCAGAUCGGCGCCAUCGUGUGCAGCCUCGGGUCUCUGGGUCAGGGCGUUUUGACGGCCGACGUGCCUCGUCCCCGGCCGGAUGGGAUGCACGCCGUCGAGGAAUCGACCGGCGACUUUUCGGCUCGAGACGAAGACGCGCCGCUGUUGGAUCAUCACCAUGCUGAGGGGGUGGGGUCGGUGUCGCGGAUUCGACUAAAGGGGUCCAUCGCCGGGGUCUACUCGUGGUGUGGUGGCGCCGCCAUCCUCAUUCUCGCCAAGCUGGGUGGCUACCUCUUCGACAACCUUUCGACGGGAGCACCUUUCUAUAUGAUGGCCCUCUUCAAUGGGGCGUUGUUGGCUGCUAGUUUAGGAAUUGAUAUGGGCCGUGUAUUUGGUUCGCGGUAGUCAUGGUUGAGGAGCGAUGGUAUGAGCCAGAUAGAUAAUAAGAAAGAUAUUCCUAACAU